GCAGCGGAGGAGGGGCACACAGCCAGCUUAAGAGGCAACGAGAAACAAACAGCUCCAUCUCACCUAAGCCCUGCACCCACAUUCACGCCCACACUCCCCCGAAGCCGACACUAGAGCGCUUCAUCCGCUCACUUAUCCCACCGAAGGAAAGCCACUGCUCUGUUUAUCGCUUUAACCCCGAUUUAAAUACACGACAAACGGACAGCAUCAGAGGAGGCAUGCGGCGACACGUACCUGUCCUCUGAAGCAAAUCUCUUCCUCCAGCGGAAUUUUCUACCACCGCACAACCGAAAACCGCGAACAGAAACGAAUGCUCGAGGAACCUGCGUAGUCGCCAACUGCGCAUUCCCCAUCAACGUCACAGACAGCUCGCGGUGUGGGCGGGGCCAUACUUGGUAUCGUGUCACAGAUUCUAAGGGGCGGGGCCGUGCCUGGAAUGAGCGUCAAAACACAGAAUAAUGUCUGGCAAUGUUCUGUUUUUUCACUGAAUUGGUUCCAAUACUUGAUGUGGCUGUCGCAAAAUUACAUAAAGGCUAAACCUAUACGACAGGACUCCAAUCUCUCGUUGGAAAACAUGGCUGUUGUGACAAUUCAUUCCUGAUACUGUGUACGAAGCUAGCAGCAUGUCUGAAGCAUCUAAAUGAGAACGGAGCUAGCCAGCCAUGCUUAGUUUCCUCUGAAGGUUCCAACUGACUUGACUCAACACUCACUCAGCUCCCAUGAUUUUGAACAGACCCAACUGAUUUAGAGUUGAACAGUUGCCCAGGUUUGCAGCAGUCACAACUUAUGCACAGCAAGCUCCCACACAAAGUAAUAUAAUGACAACCAGAUAAUUUGGUUCAGGAGUGUUAGCUGAAGGAUAAGUAUUGGCCAGGACAUUGUGAAGGAUGCCCUGUUCUUCUUCAAAACAUGGCUGUGAUAUCUUUUACAUUUAUCUGAGAAAACAGAAUCCUGACUUCUGCCUUGGCUGAAGAAGCUCUCAUCGCCAUCUCUUCGCUGUGAAAUGCAUCUGUCCCUACAUGCAUAGACUACAUUGCAGAAUGAGCAUAGCCAUUAUUUUCAAUGCUUUGCUUGUGUCCUUCCUAGCGGCUGUGUUAUGGAAGUAUGCUAAAUUGUGGGAACAUGCUGUGUCUAUAGAGGAAGAGUUGUUGCGUUCCCAACAGACUCAAGAGCUGUCCCAAAUAAAGAUUGAUUACCAUGCUGCAUUGCAAGCCCUCAUGGAAGACGGCACCAGAAUGGCUUGCACAGGAACAAUGCACACUGAGCGGAUCUGCCGGUUUGAAUCCCUCUGCUACUCUACUGAUGUUGAUGAGUUUGUCUUCUUCCACAGCAAUGCUUCUAUCUUGCUGCCAAAUCUAGGCUCCCGGCGAUUCCAGCCUGCUCUGCUGGACUUAUCUUCUGCUGAGGAUCAUAGCGCACAGUACUUCAAUUUUGUAGAAUUGACUGUUGAUGCUCUUAAGUUCAUGCCGAAACCUGUCUUUGUGCCAGACGUUGCAUUGAUUAUGAACCGUUUCAACCCAGACAAUCUCAUGCAUGUCUUUCAUGAUGAUCUCCUCCCAAUUUACUACACCAUGCAACUGUUCCCAGACUUGGACCAAGACUCACGAUUGGUGUUUAUGGAAGGUUGGAAUGAAGGGCCACACUUUGACCUUUACAAAUUGCUGAGCAACAAGCAACCCCUUCUGAAGGAUCACCUGAAAGGUCUUGGCAAGCUGCUUUGCUUUACAAAGUCUUAUGUUGGUUUGUCAAAAAUGACAACUUGGUACCAGUACGGGUUUGUUCAACCUCAGCGACCAAAAGCAAACAUAUUGAUAUCGGGGAAUGAAAUUAGGCAAUUUGCAAACUUCCUGGUGGAAAAGUUAAAUAUUACCACAGACUCCAGUGGUGAAGGGUACAUUGUGGUGUUCAGUCGCACAAUCAAUAGGUUAAUUCUGAAUGAAGCGGAAUUGAUCUUGGGUUUGGCACAGGAAUUUCAGAUGAAGACUAUUGUGGUAACUCUGGAUGACCAUUCUUUUAGUGAUCUUGUGCGAUUAAUUCGUGGAGCCUCUAUGUUGGUCAGCAUGCAUGGAGCUCAGCUGGUGAUGGCACUCUUUCUGUCCCCAGGUGCUGUAGUUGUUGAACUUUACCCCUAUGCUAUUAAUCCAGACCAUUACACGCCUUAUAAAACCCUGGCAUCUCUCCCAGGUAUGGAUCUACAGUAUGUUGCCUGGCGGAAUACGAAGAAGGAGAAUACGGUUACCCAUCCCAAUAGGCCAUGGGAACAAGGUGGAAUUGCUCACCUUGCUCAAUCUCAACAAGAGCGUAUAAUAAAGAGCAAAGAGGUUCCUCGCCACCUAUGCUGCCGAAAUCCUGAAUGGCUGUUUCGUGUUUAUCAGGACACCAUAGUGGAUAUCCCAUCAGUGAUGAGUGCCAUUCAUCAGUCAGUGGGAUCCAAACUUCCUGUCAAAAAGAUUAUGGCAAACAGUUUAAUAUAUCCCGGAAAAGUGAGAGAUUCCAAGUGCCAUUCCCCUGAACAGGUCACUAAUGUUGGAAAGUUGUCCAUUUCAUGGGAAGUACCUUGGAACCUGAAGUAUUUAAAAGUAAAAGAGGUGAAGUAUGAGGUAUGGAUCCAGGAACGAGGUGAGAACACCUACAUGCCUUACAUCCUGCCUUAUCAGAACUACACAUUCAUGGAAAACAUUAAACCAUUUACAGCCUACAUGGUUUGGAUAAGGUGCAUCAUUAAUGAAAACCUUCUUGGCCCAUUUGCAGAGGUACUGACUUGUAACACAUAAUGCAGUAUUGUUAGACAGACAAGAAGAAACAUCAUGUGCUUCAAUAAAUUGUGUGGCUUAGAAAUGUGUAAUUCAAUAUUUAUUUAGCCCUGUAGCUGAAAAUAUUUGUAGCGAAUAAAGGAACAGAUCUUAAAUAAUAGUAGGUAUUUUGGGGCUUUUGUGCACAUUUGAGUGAGCUCGUAGUCAAGCGCUGCCCUGAUGCAAAGAAAUGUAGAUUCAGAGCCAAUUAAGAUUUGGCUGAAUUGCAGUUCACCCUGGUUGGGGCAGAUCAUAACUAAAAUUAGUAAUAUAGAUUUAGACUGGUUUGUUACACAGUGGUUGGAUAAAACAUAAGGAGUACCUGAAAUCAGAAGCUGAAUGUCUAAGUAAGGGUUGUACCAUUCAUCGUGUCAGUGUGUGAGCCAGAGGCAAAGUGAAUGUUUGGGUCCGUAUGAAGAUAGUGCUGUUGAAGCAACAACAGCUAGCUUGCUUCCACUAACAAGUUAGAAGUUUUAAAUAUCAUUUGACUGAAGUAAAACAAAACAACCAAAGCUUCUUCAACAAAUAUAAUGAUCAUAACUGCUGAGCGCUUGUGAGCUUUACACAGGCCUGCUGCGUUCUGAGCCACAACUACAAAAAAUAAUGCAUGAUGAUUGCAGAUAAGCUAAAAUGAAUUUGCUUGGUAAAAUGUUUGUGUUUUAUAAAUCUUUCUCUUCCCCUCUGUGGGAAGUUCCCAUUAUUAAAGGUUGGUCCAACCUGAUUGGAAAUGACUUCGUUAUACCUGCUUUAUUGCAGAAUGGUUGGUUCCAUCGCUGUUUCUGCAGAAAAUGUAAUAACCACAACUACCUUAAGAUGCUAAGAACAUGUUCAUUUAUAGGCUGUCUGUUCUCCAUCUCCACAAAGUGUUGAUUUCUUUUCAUAUGUUGAUAAACCUUUGCUAAAGAAAUUAGCCUAGGUGCUAAGUUAUUUCAGUUCCCUUCACUUUGAAUUGAUUCUCCCAGCUCUGCAAUUCUGUGUAUAAUUUUCUUUUAAAAUUUACCUGAUAUUAAAUUAUGAUCUUAAAAAUCUUCUUUCUGCUAUCCUCUAUCUCAUAUUGGAAUCAAAAAAGCCCAGGGUUGACAAUUGCAGCUAAAUGCAUGAAAUUCUACUGUUAAUCUCCAUCAUUGGCUGAACCUCUCCACUCAAGUGUUACUCCCAAUAUAGUCUCACCAACUUACAAUCUUAAUUCUUCCCCUUGAUUUAUGUGUUAGAAUCUUGCUCAAUGUUUACAUUUAUAUCUUUACUUGCAAUAAUCUUAUCAGAUUAAAUGCAGAAGUAGAAUUUAAUAUUAAAUUUAAUAUUAAAUUAAAUUAACAUUAAUAAAUUUACAUUUCCAUUGGAAAGCAUUGGUCAUUCAAUCCAGCUCAGGUGCGUUGGACUGAUUGACAUCUCCUGUACUAUUUAUUCUAUGAUUCUAUAUAACAUUGAUGGGACAGAAAGUAUUUGCAGGUCUUGAUACCCUUAGUUCCUUUUUGUGGUCAUUUUAAAGUCAGGAUGCUGUGAGCUUUGGAGGUGAAAAUGUUCCAAUUAUUUUGCCAAUUUUGACCUUAGUAGAGUUUGUGUGGUUGGGCUGUGCUAUUAGAAUAUAUUUGGUGAACCCCUGUUCUUCUUCCAGUGAAUAGUGCAUGCUGAAAAUGUCCUGGUGGUGGAAUUGGUAGAUCUUGAGUUCAGGUGUGGUGUUGCCAAUCUAGCAAACUGUUUUGCCAUUAGUGGUGCUGAGCUUCUUGGGUUAUUGGACAUGCACCAUAUUCAGGUGUCUAUUCCAUCACACUCAUGAGAUUUCGACACGAUGGAAAGGCAUAGAUCAUUCAAGUGAGUCACUGGUCAAAGAGUAUCCAGUAUCUGAUCUUAAAGCCACUGGUUUCUCCAGUUUAGCUUCUUGUCAACAUAUCAACAGUGGUGGACUCUGCACUGAUGAGGUUACUAAAGAUCAGGCAUAGUUGACACCUUUUCUUGGAGAUGGCCAUUGCCAAGCACAGAAGCUGCCUUAUUGGAAUUAUAACGUGUUGAAUGAACAUGAAAAACUGGACUGUUUGUUAUGAAUUAUCCAUAUUGAUUCAUUUUAAAAAUCAAAGAGAACAUGAAAUAGAAACAAAAGCUGCCAGUGUUCUCAAGUUGUUGAAUGAAAUUUUAGUGCUGGCUAAAACAGGACUGGAUUGCCAGUACCUGUAACGUCAGGUUAAUGUAUUUAACAACACAGGUAUUACAGACUUACUGCUAUUGGAUGACAGCUUUCUUACGUGAUUUACUAAUAACCACAACAAAUUACCGGAAUGACAUUCAAUAAAUGUGAACAGUGCUGCAUAACACCAAUUUCAGUGGAUGAAUAAAGGAAAACCUGCCUUUAUAUGGCAUCUUUUACAACCAUCAGAUGUCUCAAAGUGCUUAACAAUCAGUUUGCGCCUGGAUCGAAGACAAGAAAAUACAAACUGUUCUGGGUAGCAGGAUGGACUGAUGAACAAUUGCACAAGUUUUAAAUCUGUAAGAGAAAUGAAUAGAUAAAACAAAUUUGAAAUAAAAAACACUUGAACCUUGGGAGCCAAGCAAAAAUAAUAUAAUAAUGUACAAUGUGUGCUGAGAGUGUGUAAAAUGACUACUGUGAAAAUUUUGAACUGUCUUUAAUAUUUGUCUGGUUUUUAAUCUUUGUGCAUUAGUUUUCUUUUGCAUCAGGGAAUGUUGACUAUUUAUUGAGUAAUUGAAUUGAUUUGUUGCUCAGUGUGUCAUUAGCUAUACAGAAGAAACAUGCUGCUUUAACUUUGGCGUGCAGUUUAUUUAAUACUGUGCCCAGGUAUGUUUGUGCAUUAUUGUUCAGGCAGAAUUUGAGCCAAAGGCUGAGAGAUUUUGUUUUAUGUUUGUUUUUAGACUUAACAUAAAUCUGUAUGGAAUUUCUGUAUCUUGGAGAUUAAAUAUAGUAUUAAGAGAUA